AUGUCUGCAGACUUCUGGGCUGGCUACAUGUCGGGCGCAGCAGGCAUUAUCAUCGGGAACCCGCUGGACCUGAUCAAAACGCGUCUUCAAGCCGGCAACAAGACGGCGCUGCAGAACGUACAACAGAGUGUGCAGAGCUUCAGAGCGCAUUUUGAAAAUGCCGGGACGCUUGUACGAGGCUCCACAGCACCGAUCCUAACCUACGGCGCCCUCAACGCCCUACUCUUCGUAACCUACAACCGCACCCUCUCGCUGCUCGCCGACUCGCCCACGUCGCCAGCCAACCUCUCCAAGGUAUUUGUCGCGGGCGCCACCGGCGGCCUCGCGAGCUUCGUCGUCAGCGCACCCACCGAGCUGAUCAAGUGCCGGGCGCAGGUCGCCACGAGUCGGCACACGACGUCGUGGAGCGUUGCGCGCGACGUGUGGAGGGCUGAAGGCGUCCGCGGCUUGUACUAUGGCGGUGCGAUUACUAGUGUGAGAGAUGCGGUGGGGUAUGGAUUCUACUUUUGGUCGUAUGAACUCUCCAAGCAGGCCUGGAGCUCGCCCGAUGACUCGCAUCAACAGACAGCCAUGAAGGUGCUCAUGUGUGGGGGUCUGGCCGGCGUGAUUACCUGGGCAUCCAUCUUCCCCUUGGAUGUGGUCAAGACGAGGCUGCAGACGCAGAUACUGCAUGACCCGGCCAAACAAGGCGAGCAAAGUGGGCUCCUGCAGCCAGAGACGCCCAAGACGCGAAUGGGCUCGGUGGAAAUUGCCAGACACGCAUAUCGGACAGAGGGCGCGGGCGUCUUCUUCCGUGGCCUGGGCAUAUGCAGUGUGCGUGCCUUCAUUGUCAAUGCCGUCCAAUGGGCCAUGUACGAGUGGAUGAUGAAGCUGCUGCAAUAG